GCGGCGAGGCGGCGGACUCUCCGUGGAUCCGCCGACACGACGCGGGCAAGAUUGACUCGAAGCGGUGGGUAUUCGUGCAUGUCCCCAAGACUGCAGGGACGACCAUCUGGGACGCCCUGGGCCCUUCUUACACUGACUCGGGGCGAUAUGAUGAGGUGCAGUUCGGCUGCAUGAAGCACAAUCCCCCCAGAGAUCAUGUCAGAAAUAGCUUCGCCAUCGUGCGGGAGCCGUGCGAUCGACUGGUCUCCGAGUUUGCAUGGGCCAAGAAUCAGGCCUGGUUUGACGUAUACUACAAGGAGUACCGCGUUGCGAAGGCCUUCCCGCCCACCUGCGAGAUGUUCAAUGGUUGGGUUCGUGCUGUUCUGCGCCGCUACGCGGAGCGAUCCGACGUGGAGGAUUGCCACGUGAUCCCCCAAUGGUGCUACCUCGCCAAGGUGGAGCGAAUACUCCCCUUGGAUGGGCACUUGCAAGACCACUUCCGAUCUUUGGCCCCCGACUUUCGAGACGUUGUCUUGAAGAGGCUGAAUUCAGAUGACUCGGCGCGCCGAAGCAACGUCACCUGUGCGUGCCUGGACGCUGAAAACCUGUUAGCCAUCCAGCAGCAUUUCCGAGACGACUUUGCUACCUGGCGCUUGGUCUCUGGCAACUCCUCGCCCUUCGCACCACGAGGCGCUGAUCCUCGGGCGCGGCGCGCCAGCUGCAGCUUCCGGAAGAACGGCAUGGAGAUCUGA